AUGGUUCGCAUUUCAAUUCUGCUUGGCCUUGUGCCUCUUCUGGCUUCGGCCUCACCUGUCCCGGGGGAUGACUUCGAUCUAUCUCCGAGAGCGACUUUUGUCGACUGUUUAUCUGGUAAAAAUGUCCCGGUGGUCCUACAGUCCUCGGCAAACUUCGGCCAACUAGCUUCGGCCUAUAAUCUCCGCCUAAGGCCCAGACCGAUCGUCGUAACCAUCCCAGCAACAACUACACAUGUCUCGGACACCGUAAAAUGCGCUAAACAGUACCGCUUGAAGGUUAGCGCCAGGGGUGGUGGACAUUCCUACUCAGCUCAGGGACUCGGUGGCGCCGAUGGAAGCGUGGUUAUUGACCUUCAGAAUUUCCAUGAUGUUAAAUAUGAUUCUACGACAACAUUGGCUGAAGUUGGUGGCGGCGCUAGGCUUGGAAACAUUGCACGAAAACUUUAUGAUCAAGGACGACGUGGUAUUCCACAUGGAACAUGCCCUGCUGUUGGUAUGGGACAUCCAAGUCUUGGUGGCUUUGGCAUUUCCAGCCGUAAUUGGGGUCUCAUGGUCGAUCAGAUAGUGCAAGUUCAGGUUGUGACUGCGGAUGGUUCCCUGAAGAUCGCAAAGAAAAACUACAACGGCGAUCUUUUCUGGGCUUUGAAGGGUGCUGCACCAAGCUUUGGUAUCGUUACUAGAUUCUGGUUCAAGACAUACGCUGUUCCAGAGAACAUUGUCAACUACUCCUACAGAUUCCAGCCAGGAUCUGUAAGCUCAGCGGUCGAUUCAUUCAUGAAGAUCCAAGAAUUUGCCAAAAAGGCACCUAAAGAACUCGGUCUCGGUGUCUCUCUUUGGGGAAGCGGCGUCAACUUCGAGCUUUCGGGAGCAUACUACGGCAAGUCUAUUGAUGAUUUCAACCGCCUUUUCAAACCCCUCCUUAGCUCGUUACCAGCACCCACAAGCUCCACACUUGACUCAAGAGGUUGGAUUGAUACCCUCCUCCGUUUCGCCGGUAGCGGAUCCCUUAGCGUCCCUGAGACUGGUUACAAUGAACACACCACCUUCUACGCCAAAUCUCUUGUCACCUCCAGCAGAGCCCCCAUCGAACGUAAGGGUAUGGAGAAUUUCUUCAAUUAUGCCGCUCGCGAAGGUCCAAAUGCCGCAAACCAAGGACUUCCCUGGUUCGUUAUCAUAAACCUCUACGGAGGGGGUAACAGUGCCAUCACCAACCCGGAUCUUCUAAAAGAAAGCAGCUACGGUCAUCGUGAUACUCUCUGGAACUUCCAAUUCUAUACUACUCUAAAUGGUGGUCUUACGCCACAGGGAAAUACCGCUGCCAUUAAUUUCUUGACCGGUUUUGAUGGUGUCGUCAGAAGAUCAGGCGACUUUUCCUAUGUCAACUACGCCGAUCCUACAUACUCUAGGUGGUGGGCGCAGAAGUUGUACUAUGGGAAGCAAUUGACUCAGCUUUCUUUGGUAAAGAAGAAGUGGGAUAGGGAUCAGGUCUUCUGGUACCCCCAAAGCAUUGAUCCUGCUAAAUAG